UCACACCACGAUGAUGGAUAGCACACCUGUCUAUUCUUUCACCAUCCCGUCAGUGUCUGAUGGCACUCUUCUCGACUGCCGGCUAUACCACCCUACUUCGAUUCAAGAUGCACAAUCGACACAGCAAAGAACCAGGAAAGCUGCUCUUAUCGCACAUCCUUAUGCGCCUCUNGGGGGUUCCAUGGACGAUUCUGUCGUGACAACAGUGGUGGACCAAUUACUCGAUCUAGACUUCGUUGUUGGAACAUUCAACUUUCGGGGUGCCGCAAACUCUCAAGGCAGCACCAGCUGGACUGGUAAAGCGGAGCGCGAUGACUACAUAUCGGUCGCUGGACAUUUACUCUUUUAUACCAACCAACUCCAACCGCCACGGAUCAACGAUGCCAGUCCUGCACGAUUUUCUGCUGGCGGUGUACCAGGCAUACCUUCUGAAGAUAUCUCUCUGAUCCUGGGUGGAUAUUCUUAUGGCUCGUUGAUAGUCACGCAUCUUCCGCCAACAACAGAGAUUCUGGCCAUGUUCCGCNNAAAAACACAGUCAUCUACCUGGGUGUCUGAGAUUCUACUACGAGCCAAGGAGUUGGCUCUGCAAACAAACACAUCACUUUCUAACCAGAUGGACACUCGAGGUAGAGUCUCGGACACACUAUCAAGGAGACAGCAUAAGCGUCAGUCGAGCUCUCAACAUUCCAUCGUAUAUGGAGGUAGCGAUAGCCCAUCUCCUGCGGACCACCAUAGCACCGAUCUCGUACAUAAAAGCAAGGAAGUACCGGCACGACUCAAGCAUGCCAUACAUCUUCCUCGCAAGAAGUCAGCUUCUUCAACACCAACACUUCGAUCAGACUCCUCAGCAGAUGACUGUUCUGCAGAAGCAGUGGAGGACUUGCCACACGUCUUGACACAUUAUCUUCUUAUUUCACCUCUACUACCGCCCUUAUCAAAUUUUCUGUCUUUCUCGACAUCAAGUCUGAUGUUCUGGCGUCAUGCUGACUAUAAAACGCAUAACUUGGUGCGACAUCCUACAUUGGUAAUCUUUGGCACCAAGGAUGUGUUCACUUCUUCUCAUAAACUGGAUGUCUGGUGCAAGAAGAUGGAGGAAUCUUCAUUGCAAGCUGCUGGAUUAGAUGGGCAGUCAAGCUUUAGAUCGAAGAAGGUCGAGGGUGCAGGGCACUUUUGGAGAGAGCAUGGAGUGGAAGCGCAAUUGACGGAUAGUCUGCGAGGGUGGGUGCAUGAAGCAGUGAUACAGGAACAGCAG